CGGGGCCAGUGUGGGGCGCCUUAAACCCUGAUUGCUGUCCAGAGGAGUCAGAUCUCCGGAAGGGAAUCACAGCGUUCAUAGGGACCGCAGUAACUCCUGCAGCAACACAGCAGGACGCUGAAGAAUCUUGCCCUUUGGCUACCACCUCCUGCCCCAGCUCAACAUCACCCUCCAUACCUCCCCCUCGCUUUCAACCAUGAGGUCCUUUUCAGUGAUGUUCCUUGUAGCCAUCAUUAUGACCAAGCAACUUGCCCAAGCCCUGGAUUGCCAUGUCUGUACAGCUAGUGAUAAUGACUGCUCAAACCCAGUGCAUUGUCCAGGGCUAGCCAUCUACUGCAUGACCGUUCGGACCUACUCUCCAGCUGUGGUCUACAAAUCGUGUGCGUCCAGCUGCACCAAGGAUGGCAUGGUGGAUAUCCAGAUGAAACAAAAUGCCAAGGUGUCCUGUUGCCAGGCGGACCUGUGUAAUGGGGCUGCCUCCCGGAUCCCGGUCUCCUCAGGCCUUGUUCUCACUGGGCUCCUCAGCAUCUUCUGGGGUCUGUUCACUCUUGGCCUCUGAGCUGUAACCAACAGACAGACAGGUGGAUAAAUGAACUCCCCCCGCCCAUCCCCUCCCUGCUCCUUUGGACUUGUACCUCCGCCUGGCUCCCAGGUGAGAGAGGGAGACUGUGCUCCCAUCGUCCCUUUAUCACUAAGCCCCACGCAGAGCACUGGACCACUUCCAGCCCUUCCUCUAUCACUUACCACCCCCCUGCUGGUGUGACUCUGUUUGGGCCCUGAUUUUCCUGUCAGUAGAAUAGACCUGGCAAUCUUCCUGGUACCUGGGGGUGAGGGUGGAGGAUGACUCUUAUGAUAAGAUUUUGAUUUGGAAGGGCAUCACAAAAUCCCAGCCUUAGGAGGGACCCCAGAGAGCAUCCCAUGCAAUCUUCAUUUGAGUAGCAAUCCCCUCUGUGAUGUCCGUGACAAGCUCUCAUGCAGGGUCUGCUUGAAGAAUGCCUGUGAUGGGAAACUCAUUACCUGCCUAGGCAUCCGGUUCCACUUUCAGAGAGCUCUCAUUGGUAGGAAUCUUUUCCUUACAUUGUGCCCAAAUCUUCCUCUCUGCAACUUCUAGGCCUGGUUGCUAUUUUGCUCUCUAGGACCAAGCAGAAUCUGUCUUCCACAUGACAGGUUUCCACUUAUUUGGAGACAGCUAUCAUUUCCCUUCUUCCUCUACCCCUGUAAAUCCUCUGUUUUACAAACUACACCCCCGCCCCCACCCCACCCCCUUUAACCAGUCUUUGCAUGGCCGGGAACCUCAUAGAUCAUCCUAUUUUAGCCUCUCCGUAGAAAAUCCUUGCUUGUCUAACACAAGUAGGAAGUGACAAAGGUAAGAUUUGAACCCGGGUUCUUUGGCUUCAAAUCUAGGAGUCUUUCCACUGCAUCUCUUUACUGUGGAAGAAACCCCAGUCUCUGGCCCCCUUCCAGGGUGGCUUUCCAAUUACUUUGAGGUUUCAGGACUAGAGGGGAAGGAGAAGAAAAAUCUCUUGGAUCCCUCUUGUCCAUUGCAGGGAGGGGGUGGCAAAUACAGAACUCUACCAGCUGCUCUUCGACUGGCUCUGUCCCUGUAGUUCAAAUGCUUGUUGGUCUCCCUAGGCUCCUUCUACAGAAGGGGAAGCAGCGGGAAAGCAGCCAGGCUGGCGGUGGCUCUGGAAGAGAAUCUCUGGAGGGAGGGGAAGGGAACAGAACACUUAGGGCUUUUUGGGAAAAAACAUGACCCCUGCCCUCAGGGCAUCCCUCCAACUGGCUUCUCCUUCCAGUGUGAAAGGGCAAACAUGAAUCUUUGCUACAGUUACCUCUUCCAAGGAAGAGGAGGCCGGCAAAAACAGCCCAGUCAUACUCCACCUAGACCUACCACCCUCCGGCUACAGAUCUGAAGGUCUAAGAGUUCAGCCGCCCCCCUGUGGGGAGGUAGGUA